AUGAAUCUGACUGCAGAGUACCACAGUAUCCCUCUCAGUGAUGGGAACCAUAUUCCACUACUGGGAUUGGGCACCUAUGGGGACCCUCGAACGACACCCAGAGGCACAGCACUUGAGUGUGUCAAGCUGGCCAUAGAUGUGGGUUACCGGCACUUUGAUGGGGCAUUGGUGUAUUUCAAUGAGCACGAAGUGGGUCAAGCCAUUAGAGAGAAGAUUGCUGAUGGAACCGUCAAAAGAGAGGACAUAUUUUACUGUGGAAAGCUCUGGAAUACCUUCCAACCACCAAAGUUGGUGAGACCGGCAUUGGAGAGGACACUAAAAGCCCUAAAUCUAGACUAUGUGGACCUCUAUAUCAUUGAGCUUCCUAUGGCUUUCAAGCCUGGAAAUGAGUUCUAUCCAAAAGACCAAGAUGGGAAAUACAUCUACCACCACACAGACCUCUGUGCAACAUGGGAGGCUUUAGAGGCUUGCAAAGACGCAGGGCUGGUUAAGUCUCUGGGAGUCUCCAAUUUCAACCGCAGACAGCUGGAGUUGCUGUUGAAUAAACCCGGACUCAAACACAAACCCGUAUCCAACCAGGUUGAAUGCCAUCCAUAUUUUACACAACCCAAACUUCUGGAGUACUGUCGUCAGAAUGACAUUGUGAUUGUUGGUUACUGCCCUCUUGGCUCCUCCAGGGAUGCAUCUUGGGUGAAUGUGAAAAGUCCUCCCCUGCUUGAGGACAAGCUGCUUGUAUCCAUAGGGAAGAAAUACAACAAGAGUAGUGCCCAGGUGGCUCUGCGCUUCAAUGUCCAGAGAGGAGUUGUAGUGAUCCCCAAGAGCUUCAGCGCUGAGAGGAUCAAACACAACUUCCAGAUAUUUGAUUUUUCACUCACUGAGGAAGAAAUGAAAGCCAUUGAAGCACUGAACAAAAAUAUUCGUUUUGUGGAGCUGCUGAUGUGGAGUGACCAUCCAGAGUACCCAUUCCAUGAUGAAUAUUAAAUCUACUGACUUUGGACACAAAUAAUUAAAACAAAACAUGGACUAUUUUCAGUUUUUCACAAAAAAAUGUGCAUUGGUACAUUUCCCACUAAACACUAGAGGUCUCUGGCUCACAGUAAAUGAAAAGGGUAAACAAAUGAACACUUUUAAGGUUAACAUACAGCUCAGAUGUAUGAUAACAAAGUCGUUUGUUUGUUGUUUCAUGUGAGACUCACAUGAGGCUCAUGCAAUAUUCAAAGUUACUACCGAUUUGAAAUAAAUUGAUGCAACUGCUGCUAUAAAUAAAGUUUGGUUUCAAAAUGAGACCCUUUGAAUAGAAUGUGGCAAAAUACGUCAUAUGUAGAGCAAUACACCUUUGCUUCUCUAAUUUGCUGACAAGGUCAUCCAGGUUUGUCUUAGCAAUAUUUUUCAGAUACAUCAGCUACU